GCCUGUCCUGCGAUCCGUGCAUUUGGUUCAGUGUGCACUCACUGCGGUAACACCGUAAAGCGCAGCUGGCUGACCUGUCAUGACAUUUAUAUGACAUCAGUUUCCUGAAGCAAUUUUUCUAACAUUGGAGUAUAUAUCUUAAUAAUUAUGUCGUGUCUACGUUGGACGUUGUUUUCACGAGUUAAGGAUAUUUAAUUACCGCUGGGUUGUGAGCGUUGUAGAAUGGCGGCGUUUUCAGGGACCUGGCUGCAACUCACAACAUAUAUAUGUGUCUAUUAUUUAACGUUCCUUUCACAUGUUACCUGUUUGGACUGUUACAAAUGCGCUCUGUCAGAUUCAGUUGAAUAUUGUUCUACGAAUUCAGAUGUUCAGACGUGUCCGUUUGGAUACGACACGUGCUUUACACAAAUACUGUAUGAAGGUGGUAGUGAAUAUGAACCAAUCCAAAUGACCAAAGGUUGUAUAACAGGUGCAUCAUGCGAGGAUGAGAAAAUAAGGCAUAGCAACGAAGAGUGCAGCAAAUCAGAUGGCGAUUUCAUUUGUACCACUUGCUGCACGGGACAGAAUUGUAACAAAAGUGCUACAUCCAAUGUAACUAUGGUUACUAGUGACGUCACCGUCAUUGCACUGGCCGCUGUGGCGCUUGUUGCCCUGACAACUCCUUACAUAGGGAUGAUUUCAAAGUGUUGGUUUCGAAUAAGGUGA